AUGAACUUUAUAUCACGUCUAUUCAAAAAAGCCUCACAUGUCGAGUCCAAGUGGCUUCCCGGCCCAGUGGGUGAUAUGUUACGGUCUGCAGGCAUUGCUACGACAACUACGGUGCCAUUGAGCACAAAGCUCGUUACAACUACAACACAUGUCGGCUUAGAUCUCACCACAGGAGAGCUGGUCACGAGUUCCCUUGAAGAUGAAUUUACAGCCAUCCUUGUCUGUCUCGACGCUGCACUACAAAAUGCCGGCGUCAAGGGUGGCUUGGGAGAUGCCCACAAGAUUACCGCCUAUCUACUCGACCCAGCCGAUGAGCCGACUUUGCAAAAAAUAUUCCGAGAACGGUAUCCUGGAAAUUCACCGGCAUGGGGUACUGUUAUAGUGCCCGCGAUUGUCGUACCAAAUAUGCGUGCCGAAGUGCAGGCCGAGGCAAUGAUACUGCGUUCCUUCGUUACCGAGCCUUACCCCGGAACAAUGGCCUACGAAGCCAAGCCCUCUGCAGACGGUUAUACUUAUACCAAAAAGACUGGCUUGGUCGGUGGCCUCCACACCUAUGGUGUCAUUCAGCCCGAAUACAGAGUACGAAAGACCGAUAAUGACAUACCCUGGGAGGCUAUCGUCAUCGGAGCCGGCUACGCUGGUCUGACGGCGGCUCGGGACCUGGUCAAGGCCGGCAAGAAAACGCUUCUUCUUGAAGCCCGCGAUCGUGUCGGUGGCAGAACCUGGAGUGCAGAGGUUGAUGGCACCACCUUCGAGAUGGGCGGCACCUGGGUUUCGCAUGUCCACGGUCGUCUCUUUGCGGAGAUGGAGCGUUACGGCCUCAAAGACGAAAUCAGCAUGACGCGCACCGAGAAUGGUGGUUGCGAUUACUUCACCCUCGACACCGGGUCUGGCAGUCGCAAAUUCACCCACAAGGAGGCUGGUGAGAUGACCGCCAGAGCGUGGAGAAUCUUCAUCAAUAUUGACGGCAACAAUGGGCGAGACAUCUGCCCGCUUCCUUACUCUACCCUUGGUAACUCGCGUGUUAGCGCAGAUAAGGUCAAGGCGGUCGAUCAACUGUCCUGUCGUGACCGAAUCGAGCAGAUCAAGGACCAAUUGACCGCUGACGAGCUUGCUCUUCUCGAGUCCCUCGUCCCACACUGUGGUGGCGGCUCUGUCGAGGAUAUUGGCUUUCUCGAAAUGCUCCGUGCCCAGGCUCUUGGGUCGUACGAUAUCUCGACCUUUGAAGAAAUUUGGACCCUCUAUAAGAUCCGAGAGGGCCAGUCCACCCUCGCCCGCUGUAUCUUUGAUGAUGCCGUCCGGCUCGGGCUACAGUACUCGUUCAAGUCUCCCAUCAAGUCUAUUUCCGAGAGAGAAGGCAUAGUCUCGGUCAUCAGCACCUCCAACAAGACGUAUAGUGCCCAGCGUGUCGUAAACACAAUCCCUAUCGCUGUCCUUCCGGAUAUCCACUUCGACCCUCCUCUAUCGCCCCUUCGUCAGGAGGCUAUCAAGAUCAACCAAGUUGACUACCUCACCAAGAUCCAUGCCGAGGUUGAGGGCGACUUGCGUGGUCUGCGAGGGUGUACCUGGCCUGGGGACUUCUUAUACAUAUAUGGUGACGGAUUCUGCGCUGGUGGCAAGUCAACACGUAUUACCUCGUUUGCCGGUGAUAACCGAGGAAAGCUUGAUCCACUCAAAGAGCCCGAGAGGCUCGAAACUGCUCUCCGGCGAUUCCAUCCUAUGGAGAUCAAGAAAGUCGUCUUCCAUGACUGGGUCUCCGAUCCGUAUGCCAAGGCGGGCGCCGCUUGGUAUAGAGCUGGUUUCCUCACAAAGUACCUCGCUGAGCUUCAGAAGCGGCACGGCAACGUCCUCAUGGCCAAUGCUGAUUGGGCUCAUGGAUGGAAAGGGUUUAUCGAGGGUGCAGUUGAACAGGGUGCUCUGGCUGCUGACACUGUGUUGAACGAGCUUGGUGUCCUCGGCGCUAAUGCUGCACUAGGCGAAUAUCAGUCUGAGUCGGGGUUGUAG